CUUAAACUCACCAACUCUACUAUUCCAGUCAACCCUCGUCAACUUUAUUUCUGGCCAUUGCUACCUUGCCGCUCAUCAUGGCCUCAGAACUCAUUCUCAUCACCGGGACUACCGGCUUCAUAGGCAUAAAGAUUCUCGGCCUCGCUCUGAAUGCCGGAUAUCAUGUCCGUGCACCAGUGCGAUCAGAAGCGAAAGGACAUCAUCUCCGAUCGAACAAGUUUAUUGCCAGCUUCGCCGCUGGCGCGCGACUUGAGACACCAGUAAUAGAAGACAUCACGGUGGAUGGUGCCUUCGAUGAGGUACUCAAAAGCGUAACAUUUGUCAUUCAUACUGCUAGUACGCUCCCAGGACAAGGCCUCGCACCGGAAGAAUUCAAUGCGAAACUCAUAAAACCCGCACGGAUGGGCACGACUUCGCUGCUCUACUCGGCGAUCAAGACCCCAUCUGUCAAACGCGUUGUCAUUACCUCAUCAGGAGCCGCCGUCGUGGAAUGGAAAUACUUCUUCCGCGAGUCGACGGACAAAGUUUACACCGCAAACGACCGCGCACCUUUCGAAACCGAGUACCCAGACGGCGAUUCCCAGGCCUACAGCGCAUCCAAAGUCGCCGCGCUGGCGGCGACUGAAGAUUUCAUUGAGAAGGAAAAGCCGCAUUUCGAUGUCGUGACGCUGAUACCAGGAUUCGUCUUUGGGCGCAACGAGACGGCAGACUCAGUGGAAACUGUUCUGAGUGGCUCUAACAGGCUAGCUUUUGGGCAAGUGCUUGGAAAUAAGACGAAUAUUGGGCCGUCGGUGGUGUGCCAUGUCGACGACGUAGCUGCUGUACAUCUCAAGGCAGCAACGGAUCUAAGUAUUCCGGGGAAUAGGGCGUAUGCGAUCAGCUCAGGACCUCCCGGGGAGCCCAAGAUAGCAGAUGCGUUGGAUGUGGUGAAGAAGUACUUUCCAGAGCGUGUGGCAGAUGGUACUUUACCCUGCACUGGAUUCCAUGAUAGUCAAAGGGUCUUGUUAGAUGCGAGCGAGACAGAGAGGGUGUUUGGGAUGAAGUUUAAACCCUAUGAAGAGGGUGUCAAAGAUUUCACGGCGCAGUAUCUUGAAUUUUUGGAUGCGUCCUCGGGGGCCAAAACGACGGGGUGAUCGACCCAUCAGCCUGAGAUCUCAGAGUCGGGUAUUGAUAUUGCUUACGCUCGCCGUUCUGUCUUGCGUUAGCCUAUGCACACCGGCCAUGUUCCUACUGAGCAAUUCGAUUCUAUUUCCCGUCCUUCAACAGCCUAUUAAACUCCAAGAAGUCUAUUCCUAGCAUGCGACGUACGCUGCCUUCUUCCGAU